AUAACAAUUAUGGGGAGAAUAAAAACUAACUUCUUCAUUUCAAAUGACAACAAAAAAAGGGAAAUAACACUAAACUGCAGGGCCAGCAGUUACAUAGAUGGACAGAUAGUGGUUAAAUUUUGGACUAGGAUCAAAACCAAGACUGCAGAAUCCCAUCAUUAUUUUGCUUAAAAUACAGGUGAUGUUUUAAUUUGCUCGGGAGAGUUUAUCAUAGUGAUCAAAAGGGGAGAACACCAUCAGAAAUCUCAUCUAGUCCUAAUAAUACAAGUUUGUUUUAGCAAAGGUCUUAAAGGAAUACAUGAAAAUAUGCUAAAAUAAUGUACAGAUGAAAACUUAAGAAACAGAAAUUCAGUGCUUGUGCUUUGAAAGUCCAUAUAGCAUAUUAUGUAUCAUUUCUUACAAAACACAGAAAAUACAUAUUUCUGCUUAGAAUUUAUAAAACUUUUAAAUUUUGAGCGGGGGCAGGAAAACGUUCCACAAUUGUUAAGUUGGAAGGUAUUCAUAAAGAAGAUAUAAAUAAUUUCCUAAAGUUCAGUGUUGGUUGAGCUUAAAGUUGUUCCAUGGUAGUAGGGCUUUUUAAUAUUUUCAAAAGGAAUCUGAGAGUUGUCAUACCGAAAAAAGAAAAAAAAAAAAGAGGGGGAAAAAAAAAACCCUACCACCACAUAUGAACAUACAAAAGAAGAGAACCCCAACCAAUUGCACCACGACCGGAUGGAAGAGCCCAGCUGACACAACCAAGACGAGUCUCAGUGUCUAGGGAAGCUUGGGGUUCUGUUCCUUUUACUUCUGGCGAACCUGAACUCAGUUAAUGCAAUUUUGAAGCAUGCCCUGAAUAGAUUCAGUCAUUAUCAAGUCAAACUAAAAACGGUGAAAGGUUGCGACUAUUACCAAAUAGGAAAAAUCUGAAGACAUAAGGAAUGACACAUGAGGAAUAUGUCAUUUAGCACUUUCACUUUUUGAUCUCCACAGAAGACAAUGAGAAGUCAUACCAUAACAAUGACGACAACUUCAGUCAGCAGCUGGCCUUACUCCUCCCACAGAAUGCGCUUUAUAACCAAUCAUAGCGACCAACCGCCACAAAACUUCUCAGCAACACCAAAUGUUACUACCUGUCCCAUGGAUGAAAAAUUGCUAUCUACUGUGUUAACAACAUCCUACUCUGUUAUUUUCAUCGUGGGACUGGUUGGGAACAUAAUCGCCCUCUAUGUAUUUCUGGGUAUUCACCGUAAAAGAAAUUCCAUUCAAAUUUAUCUACUUAACGUAGCCAUUGCAGACCUCCUACUCAUCUUCUGCCUCCCUUUCCGAAUAAUGUAUCAUAUUAACCAAAACAAGUGGACACUAGGUGUGAUUCUGUGCAAGGUUGUGGGAACACUAUUUUAUAUGAACAUGUACAUUAGCAUUAUUUUGCUUGGAUUCAUCAGUUUGGAUCGCUAUAUAAAAAUUAAUCGGUCUAUACAGCAACGGAAGGCAAUAACAACCAAACAAAGUAUUUAUGUCUGUUGUAUAGUAUGGAUGCUUGCUCUUGGUGGAUUCCUAACUAUGAUUAUUUUAACACUUAAGAAAGGAGGGCAUAAUUCCACAAUGUGUUUCCAUUACAGAGAUAAGCAUAACGCAAAAGGAGAAGCCAUUUUUAACUUCAUUCUUGUGGUAAUGUUCUGGCUAAUUUUCUUACUAAUAAUCCUUUCAUAUAUUAAGAUUGGGAAGAAUCUAUUGAGGAUUUCUAAAAGGAGGUCAAAAUUUCCUAAUUCUGGUAAAUAUGCCACUACAGCUCGUAACUCCUUUAUUGUACUUAUCAUUUUUACUAUAUGUUUUGUUCCCUAUCAUGCCUUUCGAUUCAUCUACAUUUCUUCACAGCUAAAUGUAUCAUCUUGCUACUGGAAAGAAAUUGUUCACAAAACCAAUGAGAUCAUGCUGGUUCUCUCAUCUUUCAAUAGUUGCUUAGAUCCAGUCAUGUAUUUCCUGAUGUCCAGUAACAUUCGCAAAAUAAUGUGCCAACUUCUUUUUAGACGAUUUCAAGGUGAACCAAGUAGGAGUGAAAGCACUUCAGAAUUUAAACCAGGAUACUCCCUGCAUGAUACAUCUGUGGCAGUGAAAAUACAGUCUAGUUCUAAAAGUACUUGAGGUAAACAUACUAAAAUGAAUUAUAUAAUGCAGCCUCUUAAUUCUUUGAAGAACUAAAAAAUUAGGAAACAAAGUUCUAGCAUUUACAAAACUCAGAUCUCAAAGCUCUGCUUGUAUUUGUGAUAUUUCAUUUGCUUAACUGUAAACCAUUUCAAGGUACUAUCUUUGAAAUCUGUAUGUAAAAUCUUUUCAAAAUACAUUUUUAAGCUGAUACUCUUAACAUAGAUUAUGAAGUUAAGUGAAAUUUAUGGCUCUAACAGCAAAAUAAUUAAAGUGCCAUAGUUUCUCAAGUGACUAAAGUAGUUAUUAAAAUCAAGCACUUGAUACUAAUUUGAAGUGUGUUUAAAAGUAAAUGAUUUGGGAACUGACAAUGUGUCAGAAAAUAUAUGUUCAUUUAUCAUUUUAAAAUCUUGUAUAAUUUGCCACUGUACUCAUUUAUGCCUAAAUCUCUAUAACAGAUGAAAAGAUAAUUAAUAAAAUCCUAAUUUAAAAAUGA